AACAUUUGGCUUUGUGGCAAUUAUAAAAAAAAGAAUCGUCGGGUAGGAUAAUAUGCUGUUUUGCGAAUAUAUAUGGGAAAACGGCAAAAUUAAACAUUUACGAAAGUGUUAGUGUCGUUUAGAAUUAAUUGGUGAUUAUACAAAAUAAGAAAACAUUCCAAAUAUUUGCUCACUUUUCAAACUACUCAAAAUACAAAACUACUUGGCAAACAAUAGAAGUUUGGGGUCCAUGUAAAAAUAAAGCUCAACAUCACCACACACUUGUACAAACAAAUUAAAAUGUUAAGUUCAACGCAAGCCACAUCUCGACCAUUAAUUGGAACAACCAUAUAUUUUUGGGCCAUAACGCAGCUCUUAUCCAUGCUGGUUGUUUCAGCAGCAACAGAUGAGAAAAUCAAUCUGCCACGUUAUUAUCCCCUGGCCGCCGAAGAUCAACUGCUAAAUAAUGACAAACGAUUUCUGCAAAUUAUGCAAGGCAGUGGUGGCAGUAGUGCUAGCAUCAAUAAUGGAGCCACUGUUUCAGCCACUGAUCCAGGUUCGUGGCCGGAUAAACAUAAAUCGGAAAAAAUUGAUAUAGAAAAGGAGAUCAAUAAACUUAACAUAACAUAUGUCUAUCAAUCGUCAUGGCCUCAAAUGGAUGUUGAAUUGGGUUCGGUCACCGCUGUAAGUUUCGAUAGGGCCGGUAAUGUGGUGCUAUUUCAUCGUUGUGAUCGCAUAUGGGAGCAGAAUACAUUUUCAAAUGACAAUAAGUUUUAUGGACGUAAUAAAGGCCCCAUACGUGACAGCACCGUGCUGGCAUUGGAACGAGAAACGGGGAAACUGGUCUACGAUUGGGGUAAAAAUUUAUUCUACAUGCCACACGGUCUCACCAUCGAUCAUGAAGACAAUGUCUGGGUGACGGAUGUUGCUUUGCAUCAAGUCUUUAAAUUCGGACCCCAAGGUUCCAACGACAAACCUCUUAUGAAACUGGGAAUAGCUUUCGAACCUGGUGCAGGCGAUAAAAAAUUCUGCAAACCCACCUCUGUGGCUGUGCUGCCAAAUGGGGAUUUCUUUGUUGCCGAUGGAUACUGCAAUGCCCGCAUACUAAAAUAUUCCAAAAAUGGUGUGCGUAUAUUGUCCUGGGGACAAAACUCUUUCUCCGGAAGAUCACACAAAGAAGCUCCCCAAAAUUUCUUCGCCAUUCCGCAUGCCUUGACAUUGGUGCCAGAGCAGGAACUUAUAUGUGCAGCAGAUAGAGAGAAUGGGCGUGUGCAAUGUUUCUUUUGGUCCACCGGACAAUUUCAUUCCCAAUAUCAUUCGCCGCUGAUAGGUGAUCGAUUAUUUAGCAUGGAUUACACACCUGCCCAAGGAGGUCAAUUUGUUAUUGUUAAUGGACCCACCGCAGAGAUUGGCUUCAAAUCGGAUCCCUACAACGAAGUGCGUGGUUAUGUUAUGGAUUUCAAAUCCAAAAAGGUUACAGCGAAAUUUGGACCCAACGAUCUAGAGUUUAGAAAUCCUCACGAUAUAGCCGUUACCAUCGAUGGCAAUGAAAUCUAUGUGGCCGAAUUGGAUCCAAAGCGUAUACAUAAAUUCCUACACAAAUCUCUGGUGAAGUCAAUACCACUGUCAGCAGCCAAGCCAAAGGCCAAUAUAGAAAUGGACUACAAAGUUCAGCGUUCAAAUUCCACAACAACAUCGGCGGCUGCAGGUCUGUCUGCUGAUGCCAUCAUUGGGGAUGAUGAUUCAUCCGCAAGUAGUACACCAACACAUCACAAGCCUGGUGCAACGGCCAUACUAGUGGCAUCACUUAUGCUUCUCUUUGCCUUUCUCACAUUUGGCCUGGCUCUACUAAUAGCCCGAAGGCGUCGAAGAGGAUGCAUGCCAUUUGGUAAGAAUAAUCGUCGACACGCCUGGGAUUUUCCAGCUAAACCGGAUGGCUUUAAAUUAGGCGGCCUGCUGGGGGAGCGCAAUAAACGAAGCGGGUUCGAGAAACUCGACCAGACGGCCAGUGAUGAAGACGAAUCGGAGACACCAACGAAUGCCCUAAGCAGUGCGCAAUUCGCCUAGACUCGAGGAAAUCGCAAAUGGCAGAGCAUUGUACAGAAGUUAUAAACACAAAGAACAGGGAUUCCGGCAAUUGUAGAACAAAUUGGAAACCAUAGCGAAUAGAAGAAUGAAUUUACAACUUUUCCUUUUUAAAAUUUCUACUCCAACUGCUUGUUUUUCUUUUGUUUUCUCGAUUUGUUAUUCUCAUUGUAUAUUAGUAUGUAUGUGUAUAUGAUUUGUAUUAUAAUUGUAAUAUGGGAGAUACUUUUCAAUUGUCUCCAUAGCAUAAGUUCAGAUACCAUCCCAUUGUCGGAUGGUAUAUGCAAAAUUGACUGGUUUUGGACCAACCAAGUGAAAGCGUAUCAGGGACAAAGACUCUCUGAGUUUUUUGAGAAAACUGCAAUCAUUCCAUUAAGGCUCAUCACACCACUGACUGUUUGCCAUUUAUAUAAAGCCGAGUUUACUUUAAAUCAAACAACAAACAAACAAGAAACGGCAAAAUGCAAAUAAAUGUUAAUAUUUUAUUAGUCUUAUACAUCAUGUUUAGUGAUCUCGGAUUGUGUAAAUAGUAUGUGAAGCAAAAAAAAAAAAAAAAAAACAAACAAUUACUUUAUUAGUUCCUAUGUUUUUCAGUUUAUAUUGGGUUUUGCUAAUGAUCACUCUGUAUUUUUU